GAGAAGAUCAUCAGUUAGGCAAACCGAGGCACCUCAAAGUUGGUUUCCCACCAUUGUCUCCAUACGUACAUCCUGCAGCCCACUGAUUACUACAACAGCCCACUAAGUACUCCUACAACCCACUGACUACGUGACUCAUCAACCUCUCUGCCUUCACAUCACGAUUUGAUUCGAUUCUCAACCGACAAACAACAUAAUUAGGAGGAGCUAACGACUCUCAACUACAACUAGAAACGCAGCAGUCGUCGAUCUAUCAUGAAAAUGAUGCUCUACUGUUCACUUCUGGUUUUCCUCUAUGUCGUUCUAUCCACAGGACAAACUGGUGUUAACCCUGGUUCAACAAUCAACCGUGAUGCAUCACGUGUAGUCACUAAUAUGGAUCUGAGUGGCGGUGGGUUCUAUGCUGGGCUGGAUCUACGCCGACGUCGUCGUGCAGCAGUUCAAGAGUGUACACCUAUACUAUCGUCUUGUCCACAGUUUGGGUCAACAGCCUACUAUUCGCUCGAGUCAGACUGUAACAACAUUAAGGGAGUUGUGAUGGAGAUGACUGACAUAUUGCAUGAAAUAAGGGACGUGCAAGGUGAAGCUGAUGACAAUGAACAGAUUCUCUGUGACAGCAGCAGCGCCACUCAAGCACAGCUGGAUGCAGUACAAACAAAGAACAACGAUCACCACAAAGAGUUCAGCUGCAUGGUCGAAGAAAUGCAACUAAGAAGAGACGCGCAGUUCGCAACAGCAAAUGAUAUCAAUCUACCACACACCCACAAAACAAAACGGUCAGCCCCACUAUACGAGAGCACAAUACCAAUCAAAGAAUUACAAGGACAUGUGUCCACCUACGAUGACGAUUACGGAAAACACAAAACCAGCAUGAACGACAUGUGUUCAGGCGCAGACACGGAUUUCUACAAAGACCUCUGGGAUGGCCCGUACGACCAUGACAAACCAGACGGACAGACAUCGGGUGAAUACUACCUCGAAAGAUCGGCACUCAUCAAACAACAAAGCAAUAUACAAAUCAAGCUGUACGGACUGCGAUCCGAAACAAGCCUCAUUAAACUAUUUGACCAAGACAUUGUUACGGCUGCCGAGCUAAAGGUGGCCGUCAAUUCGUCCGAGACAGCUCUCGUAGAAACCAAACUCUUUUGUAAAUGCUGUGCUGGAAUUAACAUUUGAAACGUUAUUAGCCGCCUAGUAACGAUUGUACACCAUCGCAUGCCAGUGAGCAACGCUUUAUGAAAUCAAUUGCAAACUUAAAAUGUA